GCGAGGGCGAGAGGCCACAUGUGACGGCGUGAUCGGAGACGGGCAGCAGGAAAACAGAGCGACAGACGACGGCGGCGCUGGCGGCGGCGAUGCUGCUCAUGGAGGCAGGAGUGAUGCUGAUUUUGUUGAAACAGAUGAGUGAUGAAGGUCACAAUGACAAUAUAAGCGAUGGAACCGUGAUAAUGAUAAUGAUGAUGUCCCCUCCGUCUUUAUCUCCUCCCUCCUCUCAGGGAUGGAGUCCAUGAUGUCGCAGCUGCACGUGAACGCCGAGUCGAUGGUCUCUGUGAUAAUUCCAGGCCUGACUGAUGACUUCCUGCAGAGCAGCCGUGACGGCAAUUUAGAGUCAGAGGUGCAGCCGAAGAGGUUAUUGAUCACGACACGCCAGACUGAUAUUAUCUGA